GGUUUUUCCUCUCUAUGUCCAUGCAUUCUUAGAUCUGCAUUCGUGCAUGACUGAUCUAUUAAACAUCCUGAGAGUGAGUUGCAUAGGCUACGAUUUAGCCUGCUUCGAUGUAUUAUCUGCGCAGCGACCAGUCAAUUAUAAUCCACCCAGUGCUAGUGCACAAACGUGUGUGCGCGUGUACUUUCUCUGCGAGCCUCGUUCUCGCCAUGAAGCUGGCCUGAGAGGAAACAGUGCAGAGUCAGAGCCGUGCAUCAACACUCCCUCGUCCCCAAACUGGACGGUGCAUAAAGGUCUCCCCUGAACUCCAACAGCCCCAGCGGCUGUCAACGUUUUCAAAUUGGGGUUCGGUCCAAUAUGGCGACAGACGGAUGGAAAUACUGAUGACAGUCCGAAAGAUCGCCUCGAUUUGUACGAUGGGCGCCAAUGCCUCAGCUUUGGAGAAGGAGAUCGGACCGGAACAGUUUCCAGUUAAUGAACACUACUUUGGAUUGGUCAACUUUGGGAACACCUGCUACUGUAACUCGGUGCUGCAGGCCCUCUACUUCUGCCGUCCUUUUAGGGAAAAGGUCUUGGCCUACAAGGUCCAGCCCAGACGUAAAGAGUCCCUGCUCACCUGUCUGUCUGACCUCUUCAACAGCAUCGCUACACAAAAGAAGAAGGUCGGCGUCAUCCCUCCCAAGAAGUUUAUCUCCCGUCUGAGGAAGGAGAAUGAGCUGUUUGACAACUACAUGCAGCAAGAUGCCCAUGAGUUCCUCAACUACCUCCUCAACACUAUCGCUGACCUGCUCCAGGAGGAGAAGGGCCAGGAGCGACAGCAGAACGGAAAACUGGUGCAGAACGGAGGAGGUGGGGGGAGCAGUGGGACAGGAGGAGGAGAGGGAGAUGAAGGGGAGAAGAUACAGCAGACCUGGGUCCAUGAGAUCUUCCAGGGCACCCUGACCAAUGAGACGCGUUGCCUCAACUGUGAAGCUGUGAGCAGUAAAGAUGAGGACUUCCUGGACCUGUCUGUCGACGUGGAGCAGAACACCUCCAUCACGCACUGUCUUAGGGGUUUCAGCAACACUGAGACACUAUGUAGUGAAUACAAGUACUACUGUGAACAGUGUCGGAGUAAACAGGAAGCACAGAAAAGGAUGCGUGUGAAGAAGCUCCCUAUGAUCCUGGCGUUACACCUGAAGAGGUUUAAAUACAUGGACCAGUUGCAUCGCUACACCAAGUUGUCCUAUCGCGUCGUCUUCCCCCUGGAGCUCCGCCUCUUCAACACCUCAGGAGACGCCACCAACCCCGACCGCAUGUACGACCUGGUCGCCGUGGUCGUCCACUGUGGAAGUGGUCCAAACCGUGGUCAUUACAUCACCAUAGUGAAGAGUCAUGGAUUCUGGCUCUUGUUUGAUGAUGACAUAGUAGAGAAAAUCGACGCCCAGGCGAUCGAGGAGUUCUACGGUCUAACGUCUGACAUUUCUAAGAACUCUGAGUCAGGUUACAUUCUGUUCUACCAGUCCCGGGACUGAACCAGCAAAUGGCAGCGGCCCAAGGCUGAAACGGGCCAUUGGGAUUGGGACUCAGCAUAGAGGGGAGAUGCUUGGGCAGCCACAGGCCCCGCCUAGCCCACCACCUGUUUUUAAAUAUUCAGGCUUUACAGCGGGAGCUGUGGAGUGCCGAGAGGAUGCAUGGAGGAGGAUCUUCAGCAGACAAGAGCCAACGAUGCCUGAGCAACUGAUCAGUUGAUAUGACAUCGUAGAAUGAAGAGCAGGUACCGGGGAUUGUUAUGUUUCGUCAUCCUCUCCUCCUUUUCAUCAUCAUCGUCCUGGUUGUCUUUUUUUGGGGUUUGACAGCAGAUUAGCAAUAUAUGGUGUGUUAGCUUGGCGAGCUCUCUGCUUACAUGGUGUGCCGAUGUGGCGCCAUUUACUGGUGUUUCAUCAAUUAUUGGUGUCCUUGUCAUAUUUAGUGCCACUCAGAGGGUCUAAACAGGAUUUGGGAUUGAUGAAAAGUGGAUCUGCCAUUUCUUGAAUGUUCUCAAUACUUUGUUGUUAGUUUGGAGAGUGGGGUGGAGAGUUGAGUUUGGUCCCUUUGCAGCUCACCGGGCCAGAUCUGGCAGUGUUUUAUUAUAUCAUGGUUCAGAUCCUGAAUGCUACACAUCUAUAUUACCAUCUGUUUAAAGGGACACACGCAUAUAAGCUCUCUAACUUCCCCCUCUGGCAACAACAGCAAACUACACCACCAACUACAAAUAACCUGCCAACCAGAUGUUUAUCUUAUAUCUGUCUCCUAAGCAAGCAAGUAUCUCACUGGUGUCAAUGGCUGUGCUUCAAAUGGCAGCAUAUUCCCUAUGUACUGCACUCUAUAAGUAGAGCACUAUAUAUGGAGUAGGCUGUCAUUUGGGAUAUAACCCAGCCAUCCUCUUUUGUGUCGUCUUUAACGCAGUAUAAACCUGAUUGGCUGCUGCAACAUUUAGCUCCUCUUCCUGUCACCUGAUAUGAAACUUCCAAUCAGAGCCUGAGGUAUACAAACAUUUCCUGUUUUAUUUUUUUUUGACCGUAGAAGUAAACCAAACAGCGGUUGUUUGGUUUAUAAUAUUAAGUACGUGCUACACUGCCAGUUGGGGUAAUAAACCUAACUUCACUCUUUUUAAAAGGCUUUGUCCCAAUAUCUAUUCUAGCACAAUACCAAGUAUGCAGUCCCAAUACAUUCUAAGUAAUAAGCUGGUGUAGGUAUUGGAACAGAGCCUGUACUCUCAACAGAAAGAUAAAUUGAUUAAGGCCCACUAUUCAUAAAAUGUCUCCAGAGCAGGAGUGCUGACCUAGGAUCAGUUUUGCCUUUUUAAAUCUGAUCCUAGAUCAGCACUCUUACUCUGAGAAGCUUUAUGAAUACAGGCCCUGAUCCAUCACUCUGACAUGGGAGGUGUUUAUGUUAGCUAGGCCCUAGAGUGGGACCUGUAUUAAAGUUGAAUGUAAGACAGUCUGCCGUUUUGUAAUAUACAGUACGAAACUGGCUGCUUAUUGGUUGGCCCAUACUUAGGGCCUGGAGUUUUUACCAAUCCUGACCAGUACUAGAUAUAUAGGUUGUGUCUUAAUGGCACCUGAUUCUCUAACAUAUAUUGCGCUAUUUUUGUCCAGGUCUCCUAGGGACUCAGCUGUGGUCUGACUAAGGCCCAGAGUUUUCUUAAAUCUCAAACACACCCCACCAGUUGGAGACCUAGGCACCUUAUUCACUACAUAGUGCACUACCUUUGUCCAGAGCCCUAGUGGGUAUAGGGUGCCAUUUUGUGUUUUUAGGCUAUACUCUGCAACCAUAUAUUAAUUCAUAUUUUAACGCAUAAACCAUUCCUUUGUGAGCUCAAAUCUAACUGUCUAAGACGUGCUGCUUGUUUUCAGGGUUAACUAAUUACUAAUAUGAGGUUGACAUUGGGGAAGGACAAACAAAACAUUUUACGUUGUGUAUAGAGUUGCAGAACUCCGGUAACUUUCCCAAAAUUCCGUCUGUAAGAUAUGCAGAAAUCAAGAAGAAAUAAGCUUGGAAAUCUGGAAUCCACCAACCAGAAAUCCUGGAGAACCUAGAAAUUUGUGGAAAAUUACCGGAUUUUUGCAAACCCUAACUUAACUGAUAUUGAAGGGCAAUUCAACCACAUUUGAAUUAUCUUCAGCACAAUACCAGUGUCUACCUAUGUGAAAAAUGCGCAUUUCUACGUUUUCAAAAAAUAUCUAAAGUUAAGUUCCACCCAAUGACAUCAUUAAAAGUUAAAACGGGGAUUUUGGCAGGGGAGCCUGGGGCGGCAGGUAGCCUAGUGGUUAGAGCGUUAACUAGACUAGUAACCGAGCUGAUAAGGUACAGAUCUGUCGUUCCGCAACCUGAACAAGGCAGUUAACCCACUGUUCCUAGGCUGUCAUUAAAAAUAAGAAUUUGUUCUUAACUGACUUGCCUAGUUAAAUAACGGUGAAAUACAUUUCCUAACUCUUGAGAUUUACAGUGAAGUGCGGAUCAAGAAAAUACCCUCCCACUGGCGAGAUCAAAAUAUCUGUAACAUGCGUUUGUUUUCCGACAAUGCAGAGAGGAGAAAAAGGAGAACCUGAUAGAAAAAUAAUAGCACAAGGAAUAAAUACACAAUGAGUAACGAUAACUUGGUACCAGUACCAAAGCUAAAAAGUAUUUUUGCAGUACUUUAAUCCUACCCUGUGAUGUCACAGAGAAGCGUUUUUUCCCCCUUUGUCUUUUUAACCAGAGAUCAUGGAAAUGUGCUGUUUUCGCAUAUGUUGGCACUGGUAUGAUGUUGGAGAUAUGAGGUUGAAAAGUGGAGGAUUUGCCCUUUUUAAAUGCUAGAUUGUGUGACUUGCUACUCUACUUAGAACGUGUUUGGAUUGUGAGGGAGCUAAACUCAUUAAUGAUUGAACUUAGGCUAUUACGAUCUAAAGUAUUUACCUAGUACACUCUUCUAGCCUAUAGGGUUACACUCUCCCUGGGUGAGUCCCAAAGGGAACCCUGUAUCUCUUGUAGUGCACUACUUUUCACCAGGGCACGUAAGGAAUAGGGUGCCAUUUGGGACGCACUCUCUGUCUACCCUGUCUGCAUCUCUGUACUCCGUAACCUUUGGUGAGUGAAAUGAGGUGUUGCAUACCAGAGGUGUGUGUAUAACAGUGGUUUGACCCCUUUUCUUGCUGCUGACAGUGCAACUGACGUGUGUGUGUGCGCGUGCACACACACACACACACACAGCCAAUUAUCACGUUUGGGUUGAUUUGUGUUUGAAGUGAGUGAUCGCGAGCACACGCCGCAGGACAUGCAUGGCUGGACACAGUGCAGAGAAACAGGUGUCAAUCAGCUUUCCAUAGUGUGUAUUCCAGCCUAACUGACAGAGGGACAUGUAAUGUAACCUAAUGUUAAAGGUAGACUCGGUGAAAUGAUGUUGCCACGAACAGCACUGCCGACAUUUUGCGAUGAGCAAGACAUCGCUCCCAAAGAGUCAGACGCAGUAUUUGCGACUGUGCACGGGCUUGCUUGACGCCGAGAUGUUUAGCCUCGCGCCUCAGCGCUCUUAGUUGCGGAAAUCGGCCCACUAUGCUGUUUACUCUGUGCACCUACGCCAUAUCCCCGAGUCUCCC